ACUAGCAUUGCCUGGGGCAGGUUUCAGGGCAGAGCGGCCCUGGCCUCCCACCUCCCUUCUCUGUGUUCCUGCCCUGCUAACACUCCCCUCUGGGUCGCUCUGCAGGUGAAGAAUAUGGAGAAACUGCAGCUUUGGCUCCUCGUCCUUGCUGGCUUCUCAGGAACGGUCGCCCAGACAGAUCUACAUGGCAAAGUGUUCGUGUUCCCUAAGGCAUCUGGAACUGCCCAUGUCAUCCUGAAGCCGAGGCUGGAGAGGCCGCUGCGGAACGUCACUGUGUGUCUGAGAUUCGGGUGCGACCUGACUCGGGCCUACAGCCUCUUCUCCUACGCCACCAAGGCCAAGGACAACGACUUCCUCCUCUUCAAACCCAAGCCCGGGGAGCUCAGUCUGUACGUCGGAGGCGAACUGGUCACCUUCAAAGUCCCAGAAAGAACAGGAACAAGCUCUGGGUGGGUGCACAUCUGUGCUAGCUGGGAGUCCGCCACCGGCAUAGCCGAGCUCUGGGUGAACGGGAGUCCCUUACCCAGGAAGGGGCUAAAGAAAGGCUACUCUGUUGGCGCCCAGGGCGUGCUCGUCCUGGGGCAGGAGCAGGACACCCCUGGGGGUGGGUUUGACGUAAAUCAGUCAUUUGUCGGGGAAAUCACAGAUGUGUACAUGUGGGACACUCUGCUUUCCCCGGAUGAAGUUAGCCUUGUCAUGAACAAUGGGGUCCUGCCUCACCUCAUCCUUGACUGGACAACCCUGAGCUACGAGACCAAAGAUUAUGUUGUCAUUAAACCCAGCCUGCUGCCAGUGUACUGAGGGCCCAGCACUGCUUGGCUAGUGGGGCUGGAAAAUGGGUGGGGGCGCAAAGCAAGGAAUUGUCUGUAUCACUGUGGUAAUGUAAUGGACCUGCUCGGCAGGGCGCUGGCCAGAGCCCUGCGAUGGGAAAGAGGCAGGUGUGCUCCGGAGAUCUGCACAUGGACCUGGGACCAGGGAGCUCCUCACGUCUAUCUCCAGCUCUGACCCCAACUCCUACUGGGACCUUGGGAAAUCACAUGGGCCAGAUUUGCACGGGUGCUCACCUUGUAACAGGGCCAGCCACCCCUGAGCACCCCCUGCUGGCCAGGGGUGGCGCUGCGGUUCCCUGCCUCAGUUUCCCCUCUUGGACUCUCAAUCAUUCCCCCAAAGCCUUUCAUGAGUCCAAUUACAACAGCCCUUCUUGGGGUCUGGUUUAAGGCCAUAAAAUGCCAAAGGAUUCAAAGAGCCCCACCCGGCUUAGCCUAUGAGCAGACCUCUGUGCCUGCCCAUGGCUCCAAGGAGUCUGCAGGCAAACCCCCUUUGCUGGUCCCUCAGCCUUCUCAGGGUCCCUGCAGCACACCCUCUGCAGCAUCUUUGCACUAUUUCUGACUGGGCUCAGCCCUCCUUCCCAAGGGGGCUGUUCUCUGCUGCAGCUCUGCCAGGCUCCCUGCCACUGCCCAUGGCCCCCCCCCAUCUCUAACCCCCUCUAACUCAUCUCCCCUGGAAAUGGCCAUGUCACAGGCCGUGGCCAUCCCCCUCAAGGGGCAACCACCCUGAGGCACACACCUGUGCUGAGCUUUUGAGCAUUCAUCCUUCCUUCCUGUGAGGUGCUGAUGGCAACAUGUGCCUCCCGGGGAGUUGGGAGGUAGAACCAGACCAAGGCUGCCUUGUGAACAGUGCACAAGGGGUUCAGGCACCCGAGCCCCACUCAGUUCAAUGGGAGUUUGUGCCCAGCCAGAGUCUGUGAUGUGCUUGGAGCACAGCAGUGCUGGAAGUGUCAGGGGCCUUCAUGGUCACCAUAAGCAGAGCCUGCCAGAGCAGACCAGCUCCAUGUGUCCAGCCUGAUACGUUCCUGGGUUGGCUCAGUGCUGGAGACAUUUCCCAGCCUUGUACGUCAUUAUCUCCAUUGCUUCUGGGAGGCAUCCCAAGUACUAGGUCCAAGGAGCCCCACGGUUACUCUACUGCCUCUCCACUGGGUGCCUAGGGCCGAGUUUGGAAUGACUGUGAUCACCUGUGUUGUAAGAGACUGUGCCAUUGUCCCAGGGGCUUGGCGCCCUGCCAGUCCCAGUAAAUGACCCUUUCAGCUGA